AUGCACAGUCUUACACACUUUUUGCACAAACAUAGUUCUCGAGAGGCUAUUUCCUCUUUAGAAAAGGAUGACAGCGCCGAUAGCUGGUGCUCGACAAUUAGCUCGACAGAUUCUCGUAGUUCCAUACAAAAUGAGCAACACAGUAGAGGCAUUCCAAUUAAUCAACGCACAGGCAAUUGUGCUUACCGGAGUGGACGGUCACCGUACGAAUUUGCUUCAAGUCCUCGUGAUCGAUACCCGAAUUUUGCCAGCUAUUUCCGAGAAGUAAUGGAAGGUCGGGGGUCGCCGUCUCAACAUCAUCAUUUUCAUUCAGGCUCCUACAGAUCGAAACGAAGUGAUGGAGAGAUUUACCAGAUUGGUGUCAAUACGUAUCAGGCACCCAGACAUGACUAUCGUAAUUUUGUCUCGCCUCUAUACAACGACGUCAUGGAUGAUAUACAGGAAAAUGAAUACAGCAAAUGUGAACGUUAUGGAGAGAUCAGCAACACUAAAUUGAGUCAAAUGCCGUAUAAAAACCGAUUUGAUAAUAAGAGUUUCGCACAGAAGUUAGUCGAGAGCUCCAAUGCUCCAAAAGAGAAUCAUUUGCGCGAGAGGCGAGGAUCGGAAUCAAAUGGAAGUAGUCAUCAUAAGCAUAAACAUCAUUCUAUACAAGAAUUGAUUCGGACGUUCAGUAAAAAAGUAGGACACUGGCGUCACGAUCCUAAUGAAGGUCGGCGGGGUUCCUGCGCGGUGCCCUCUGCCAGUAAUGAGCGCGCUAGCGACAGCGACGAAUUUCGAUCCCGUUCUAAAUCACUUGACUGUGAUCACAUGCACAAGGUUUUGAGAAAAUCGGUACUGGAUGACUGUGGCGCUACGUACCAUAUCUUCGACACGAUUGUAAAAGAAGGAGCAUAUUUACGUCGGGCUGCAUCGCAAGAAGCAGAAAAGCGGCGUUCUUCGCUCGGUAAUGUGUCCACGGCACGUCAUCGCGCUUCGGACGCAUUUCUCGAUCCACAUCAUGCUGCAAUAUUGUUUCGGGACUCUAGAGGAUUGCCUGUUGCUGAUCCGUUUUUGGAAAAAGUCAGCCUCUCCGACUUAGAGGAGGAUGAAUCCCAGAUCUUCGUAAAGUUCUUCAAAUUCCACAAAUGCUACGACUUGAUCCCGACUUCUGCUAAGUUGGUGGUGUUCGACACGCAGCUGCUCGUGAAGAAGGCGUUCUUCGCACUCGUCUACAACGGCGUGCGUGCUGCGCCUCUAUGGGACUCGCAACGGCAGAAAUUUGUCGGCAUGCUGACGAUCACCGAUUUCAUCAAGAUCCUGCAAAUGUACUACACCAGUCCUAACAUCACCAUGGAGGAGCUGGAGGAGCAUCGACUUGAGACUUGGCGUCAGGUGCUGAAAGGCUCAGUUGUGCCGUUAGUUUCAAUUGGGCCAGAUUCGUCAUUGUACGACGCAAUAAGAAUGCUUAUUAUUAACCGGAUACAUCGGCUGCCGGUCAUUGACCCCGAAACUGGCAACGUACUAUAUAUCCUUACACAUAAGAGGAUUCUUCGCUUCCUCUUUUUAUAUAUCAAUGAGCUGCCAAAGCCGUCUUAUCUUCAGUGCAAGCUACGCGACCUACGUAUUGGCACUCUAAACGACAUCGAGACGGCCACUGAAGACACUUUGAUUAUUGAUGCACUUCGUAAGUUCGUAAAUAGGAGGGUGUCGGCACUGCCACUGAUUGACACUGAAGGUCGUCUCAAGGAUAUAUAUGCAAAAUUUGAUGUCAUAAAUUUGGCUGCGGAAAAAACCUAUAACAACCUGGACGUAUCGCUAAAGAAAGCCAACGAACAUCGAAACGAAUGGUUCGAGGGCGUCCAAAAAUGUAAUCUGGAUGAAACCCUCUACGAAGUCAUGGAAAGGAUAGUGAGAGCUGAGGUACAUCGUUUGGUUGUAGUGGAUGAAGAAGACAAAGUGAUAGGCAUAAUAUCGUUAUCGGACCUACUGAUGUAUCUCGUACUGCGCCCAACUGGCGAGUGCGAAGGAGCAAGUCUUCGCAACGAGCACGCCUCCAUUGAAGAGAAAGACGAAAGCCCCAGCACCGCCGCAAAGGAUGACGGAAUGGCUGACGAGCUUCAGGAACAACAAAACGACGCUUUGGAAGCAAAAGGGGAAGUUGAUUCUCAAGAUCAUUAA